CUUCUCUGGCACAGGGCUGGGCAGAGACCAGCAGAGACGUGGACGGGGCCUGGGAAAGGGAGCAGGGACAAUGACAGAGCAGGAAGAAAAGGUGGAGGAUGGGGGCUUGGCCCCCCACAUUAAGGCAGGCUCCCCAGACCAGGAGGGCUUCUUCAACCUGCUAAGCCACGUGCAGGGCGGCCGGAUGGAAGAGCAGCGCUGCUUGCUGCAGGCGGAGCCGGGCCAGGCCUCCGAGAGCCAGAGUGGCCCUGCACCCGAGAUGGACAGCUUCAUGGACAUGCUGGCCAGCACCCAGGGCCGCCGCAUGGAUGACCAGCGUGUGACAGUCAGCACCAUGCCUGGCUUCCAGCCUGUGGGCCCCAAGGAUGGAGCGCAGAAACGACCUGGAACCCUCAGCCCUCAGCCCCUCCUCACCCCGCAGGACCCGGCUGCUCUCAGCUUCCGUCGGAACAGUAGUCCCCAGCCCCAGACACAAGCGCCCUGA